UAUUACUCAUAUUACUAUUAUUGCUGGUUGUGUUAGUAGGAAAUACUUAGAAAUAUUUAUACUAAGGAGCAUAGGCUCACUGGCCAUGCUGUCACCCAAACAGCUGAUAGCGGCCUAAACGAGUCUCUCUUAGCAUCAUGGCUGCCAAAGACAACAAGCCCACAAGUCCCUCCUACAAUGAUGGGGCUGCGUACUUUGACAUGGGGGAACACACAUUGCGUAUCCCCAUGUCUCUGCAUGCUGAGAACCGUCGCCGCCUGCAGGAGAGGCUGAAGGCGCGUGGGCUUGGUGGCGGUGACGUGGUGCUGCUUCAGGGCGGCAGCGACUCCACACGCUACUCUGGGGAUGCUGACAUUGUGUUCCGCCAGGAGCCGUACUUCCACUGGGCAUUUGGGGCGCUGGAGCCAGGCUGGUAUGGGGGCCUGGACGUGGCUACAGGCAGGGCGGUUCUCUUCUGUCCUAGACUACCGGAGGAAUACGCCACUUGGAUGGGCCGAAUCAAGUCACCACAGAAGUACCAGCAGCGCCUUCAGGUGGACGAAGUGCGCUAUGUGGAUGAGAUUGCAGACGUGCUGAGGGAGAUGACAGGACAGGCUGGGGCUUUGCAUACCCUCCGCGGCGUGAACACUGACAGCGGAAAGACAACACUGGAGGCUGCCUUUGAUGGAAUAUCCAGAUUCAACGUGAACAAUACACUACUGCAUGACGAGAUUGCGGAAUGCCGAGUGUACAAGACCAAGGCCGAGUUGGAGGUGCUGAGGUUCGCCACCCGUGUGUCAGCAGCCGCCCAUCGCUGUGUGAUGCGCAAGAUCCGGCCUGGCAUGAAGGAGUACCAGCUGGAGGCCAUCUUUCAGCACCACAGCUAUUACCAUGGGGGAUGCCGGCACCAGGGCUAUACCAACAUCUGUGGCUCUGGAUGCAACGCUGCCACUUUGCACUACGGGCACGCUGGCGACCCCAACCUGAGGACUGUGGGUGAAACGGACAUCUGCCUCUUUGAUAUGGGAGCCGAGUACUAUGGCUACACCAGCGACAUCACCUGCUCCUUCCCAGCCAGUGGCAAGUUCUCUGAUGACCAGAAGCUGAUCUACAACGCGGUACUGAAGGCAUCCAAGGCGGUGAUGGCGGCAGUGCAGCCUGGAGUGUCCUGGGUGGAGAUGCACCGCCUGACUUACCGCAUGAUACUGGAGGCCCUCAAGGAAGGUGGUGUGGUACAGGGGGACGUGGACAAGAUGAUGGAGGUGAACCUUGGCUCCGUGUUCAUGCCACAUGGCCUGGGUCACUUGUUGGGGCUGGACGUGCAUGAUGUGGGUGGUUACCUGGAGCAGUACCCGCCGCGCCCCACACCUGCUGGCUUCCGUUCCCUGCGCACUGCUAGGACUCUGGAAGAGAACAUGGUGCUUACUAUUGAGCCAGGAUGCUACUUCAUUGACCAUCUGCUGGACCAGGCACUGGCCAACCCUGAGCAGGCACAGUUCCUGGUGCCUGAAGCCAUUGCUCGUUUCCGUGGCUUUGGCGGGGUGAGGAUUGAGGACGACAUUGUGAUCACAGCUGAUGGGAUGGAAGACCUGGCCGGAGACACCAUCCCUCGCACCGUGGAGGAAAUCGAGGCACUCAUGGCAGAGGGUCAGCAGGAGGAAGUGUUUGUGCCACAGCUGCAUGCUCAACAGAAGCUUGGCCAGUAAGGUGACCCUGGCCACUUAGCACCACACUCAGGAUUCCUUCACACUAAAUCACUGGCAUUACAUUACAGGAAUGAUUAUCCUUAGAUUUAAUUUUAAUUAGAGGAUGGCAUACAAGAUUGAGGGCAUUGUAAGGGUAUAGAUGAUUUGAAUACUAAGGCAAAGAGUAGUGACCUUAUUAGUCCAUAUUAUAUUUGUUCUUGCAAAGUAAAUGAAGAAAUACCCUGUCAAUCCUCUCCAGCAUUACACUUGUGCCAAUUACAGUCUUUCCGGGAAUAUGUACUUACUAUGUACACUACAAGUAUUACUUUAUACAACUGCCUGGUGCUCAAGAUACAAAUGUCUUAUGUGUGGGGAAUGUGCUUGUCUGUCUACACCAUUAGUUCACUUGUGCCAUAACCGUUAAGCUCUUGGAAAAGAGGUUUAGCAUGCAAGUUGCAAGACCAAACAUGUGAGCAGUUUAAAGUGAGGCUUCUUAAGGUUGUGAAGACAUUAUUAAACUGUUAAUGUACUCAUGCAAAAAAAGUAUCCUUACUAAAAUAACUCAGAUUAUAUACAAUGCACAAAACAUCCUUUGUCAAGUUUCACAUGGCAAUUAUAUAGAAACUACUCACAUUACUCUGUGAAACUCAGUGUUUACAAUAUUCAAAUGAAACUACUCAAAUUACUCUGUAAAACUCAGUGUUUACAAUAUUCAAACUACUCAGUAAGUGACUCGGUGUUUACAAGGGUAAGGAUACUUUGUGUGGUUGUACACAUGAGUUGUAUUGUACUGUGCUCCUGUAACCUCCAAUUUUGUAUUGGGAACACUGCUAUGUAUGUUGCAGUGACCUUAAGAUAAAUAAAACUGUGAUGCAUAUUUUGGAAUACUGAGAUUGCAUAUUUUGUAAUAAAUGUGGGGCUUUUAAACUGGUCAAUAAAAAGCAAUUACCA